GACUGAAAACCCUGUAGUCUACAUCUGGUACAAGAACAGAGAGUUCCUCUAUGAGGACUGGUCUCCCUGGUACCAACAGCUGGUCAGCAGUGAGGAAGCAGUCACAUACUCCUGUGCUGUCAAAGGACACGAGCAUCUAAGAGCUCCAGAAGUCUCAGUGGAUUCUGUCACUUCCACCUGCUUUAGUGUGACCUACCCUAAAGGGAGAGUGUGUUCUUAUGAGCAGACAUCAGCAAAUGAGCCCUGCUCCAUCACAUAUCCCAGAGGUUAAAAAUCCACAUAACACAAACACACUCCCACACAUCUAAUUCCUUUAGCAUCAUAUUUUCUAUAAGUUCUAUUUCAGGCGAGAUUAUUUGCUUACGUUGAUCAUAUCUUUGCUUCAUGUUCUUUACUGGUUUAAUUUUACCAAAAGUUCCCACAGUUUGUCUUUUCCCAACAGAGGUUCGUAUCCAAAGGACUGCUGCAGUUACACCAAAUCAUGUCAUGCUGACAUGUAACACCAGCUGUCCCCUGACUGACAUUAAAUGGUAUAAGAGCAGAUAUUUAGUUAAGCAUUCUCAGAUACAUCACUAUAAGGUUCACAACAACUCUGCUGAAAGCUUCGCCUGCGCUGCAAAAGGCCUCGAGGAUCUGCGGUCUGCUGAAGUCUGUGCUGAGGACAACAACUGCUUGACUGUAAAUUAUGCCAGCAGGAGAAUCUGUGCACUGGAAGGCUCUUCAGUGAACAUUUCAAGUGAACACUCUUAUUACAACUACAGGCCACCAAAAACGAAAUUAUGGUAUAAAAUAAAGAGAAGCGGGGAGGAAGAGGUCGAGGAGCCAAUUAAGGCUGCAGGAAGAGUAGAGUAUCAUGACAAAAUGAAGAAUCAUCACAUCCUGAGAAUCAAUAACCUGAUCAAGAAUGACUCAGCAGAAUACAGAUUCAAACUGCAGACAGAUGACAGAUGGAAACCUGGAGUGACUUUGGUUGUCUCAGGCCUCAGAGUGAAGUUCACUCCCUCUGCAGUGGUGACAGAGGACCAGAGAGUCACACUGACCUGCAGUACCAGCUGUCCUCUGACUGACGACACAAAUUACAUUUGGUUCUUCAACAGUCGACCUUUGACCCUGACAGAGAACCGAAACAAACACCUGAUUCUAGACCCAGUCAGCAGUCUGCAUGCAGGAAACUACUCCUGUGCUGUCAAAACCCAGAGAGACUUCACAUCCCCUGAAGAGACUCUGACUGUCCAAAGUAAAACUGGAAAAUGGACACCAGCAGCAGCUGCAGGAGUGUGUGCUACUCUCCUUUUUGUAAUAUCCCUCGCUUUCUUUGUGAGUAUUAGAAAAAAGGGGUCCUCCUCAAUCACAGUGUCCUCGAACUGGAACAUCUACGACUUGGAGCAGCACAGCCUGGGUCCCGUAUAUGAAAACAUCUCAUUUCAGGAUGACCAUCACUACAGCAGCCUCCACUUCUCUAAGGACCACACAGAAGAUCUCUACUUCACCAUCAAGCCAGCGCCUUCUUACUAAACAAAACAUUGUGUUUUGCAAGGGAUCCUCCCCUGAGUUUUAAUGACUGAGACGUCUUCAAUAUCAUAGCAGGGACAGGCAUGGGUAAAGCUUAGGGCAAAUAAAAUGUUGAGAAUGUAUCUUUUAUUUUAGCUGUCAACCUCCAGCAGCUUUCUGUUGAACUCAAUGCUGUGAACCACUAGUUUGUUAUUUCUGUUCGAGAAAAGUUAUAGUG